GUAAAAGAGAAAAGAACACCAAGUCUGUUGAAAUCAAGUAAAACAUCAAACAACCCAACUUCUUUGGACAAAAAGAAAUUCUUUUCUUUUUCCUCCUUGUUUCUAAAAUGGAUGACAAUCUAUCUUUCAACAAUGUUACCACCACCGCCAAGAAUAAUGCUGCCACAGAAGAAACAAAUUGCCAAAACUUUAUCACGUAUACAGUGAAAAAUGAGCCCGGAAAGGUCAUUGGCCUCAUUAUGACCUACGUUUUGAGUUACCUCAUGCACCUCAUUCUCAAGCCUCUUUCCCAACCCCGAAUAGCCUCUGAUAUUGCUAUAGGUCUGAUCAUUGGUAACAUACAGUGGAUACGCAACGCAUUUGAUCCAAAGUUCAUCGAGACAUUGAAUUUCAUAGCUGAGUUUGGCAUGAUAUGUCAUGUCUUUGCUCUAGGUUUAGAGAUGAACCCAUAUAUGAUUUUCAAAUCACCAUCUCAAGAUGCCAUGGUGGCCUAUGCAGGGAUGGUCUCAACUUUCCUUUUGGUUUGUGGGACGACCCCAUUUUUGCAUUACACAAACAAAAAUGCCACCCUUGGUUUCACUGUUACCUUAUCUUUGUCACUAUCUGGGACCGGCUCUUCUAUACUAACAAGGAUUAUAACCAACCUUAAAAUAGGAAAAUCAGACAUUGGAAAGCUUGUGAUUGCAGCCGGGCUUCAUUCUGACCUGGUCUCUAUGUUCCUCCUCUGCUUUGGCUAUCUCUUUGCACCUACAUAUCAAAUGGAUAUGCCGACUCGGAUGACUAAAGCCUUAACUAUGGGUGCUGCAUUACUUCUCCAGACCAUCUUUGCAGCCAAAAUUUCACCAAUAUUCAUGAACUGGGUCAACAAUGAGAACCCUGAAGGGAAACCUAUGAAGGGUUCACAUUUAGUGCUUACCAUUGCAUUCAUGGUUAUGGUUUGUAGUGCCUCCCCUAUGUAUGGGUAUAGCCCCAUCCUCAGUGCAUUUAUGGCUGGAAUUUUUCUUCCAAAUGAAGGCAGGGUGUCCAAAUGGGCAGUUGGGAAGAUUAACUAUUUGCUCACAACAGUUUUCUAUCCGGUGUUCUUCUUCUGGAUGGGGAUUCAUGCUGAUUUUAGUGAGUUUCAUGUCAGCCAUUGGAUGACUUGGGCACGCCUCUCUCUUCUUAUAGCAAUAGCAUUGUUUGGGAAGCUUAUUGGAACAGUUAUUUGCGGAGUAAUGCUAGGUUUCCAUUGGCGUGAAUCCGCUGAACUUGGGCUCCUAUUGACAGUAAAAGGCCAUUUCCAUGUGUUUCUUGCUGUUAUUGGUCGAGUGUACAAAGUCAUACCUACUUCCACAAGCAUUAUGAUCCUUAUUGCAAUCUUCCUCACAAUUGUGCAAGCUCCAUCAGUCGUAAUGCAAAUCAUCACACGUGCCAGAAAGCGUGCUCCAACACAUCAGAGAGCGCUUCAAAUGCUUGAACCCGUGAAUGAGCUUCGAGUCUUGUUGUGCCUUCAUGGUCCACAUAACAUUGACUCAUCAAUCAACUUCAUGGAGAUAAGUCGAGGGGCACCUGACCCUGGGAUGAUGGUCUUUGUGACCGACAUGGUUGAACUCACAGACCAAAUUGCAGCCACAUUAGUGCAGAGUGAUGGAUUAGACACUGUGACUGUAACGGACAAAAAUGUGACAGAGAUGAGAGAUCUCAUCUCCUCCAAUAUACAAGCUUAUGUAGACGAAAGUGGUGAAGGUAUCACGAUUAGAAGAAUGCUUGCUCUCUCGACAUUCAAUGGAAUGGCCCAAGACAUUUUCCUAUUAGGGGAGGACUUGAUGGCCACCCUAAUUAUACUUCCUUUUCAUAAGACACAAAAACCAGAUGGAUCACUAGAUAAUGGCAAUCCCGGAUUCAGAUAUGUGAACCGUAAGGUGCUGAGGAAUGCUCCAUGUUCUGUUGGGAUCCUAGUAGAUAGAGGCUUUGGAGCUCUAGAUAGCAUAUCAAAGAUGUCUAAGUCAGUUCUUGUGGCUGUUAUUUUCAUUGGCGGGAGAGAUGACAGAGAAGCACUGGCAUAUGCAGGCAGGGUAGCAAGGCACUCAGGAGUAAAGCUCACGGUGUUAAGGUUCUUGCUAGAUGACAGUUCAGAGGCCUCUAGGAGAGGUAAUUACAGAGUGAACAUGGCAGAGAAGGAAGAAGAAGUGAAGCUCGACGAUGAAUGUUUUGCUCAAUUCUACGAGACCCAUGUUGCUGCUGGGUAUGUUGCAUAUAUGGAGAAGCAUUUAGCUAAUUCAGCUGCAACUUAUUCAACAUUGAGAUCGUUGGAAGGGCAGUAUGCACUUAUUAUUGUAGGAAGAGGAGGAAGGGUGGACUCGAUAUUGACAAUUGGAAUGAAUGACUGGCAACAAUGCCCAGAAUUAGGGCCAGUUGGGGAUGUUCUUUCAGGUUCAGAUCUCUCACACAAGACCUCUGUUUUGAUAAUCCAACAACACAAUCUAAAAGGAGAAUUGCAUGGUGUAGAUGAUGAUUUCAAUAUCAUGUAAAGUGAGAUAGAGGAAAAACGAACAAAAUUGUAAGAACCCAUCGGUUACUGUAAAGCAUCGAAUUACUCCUAGUCUGUAAAAUAUAGCUGGU